AUGCAGACUCUCAGGAUAGACUUCUGGAGUUGGAUCAUUCACAAGCCAGAGGGCACAGGGACACACUUGAUGUUAGUAAGAGCAGUGGUAAUAACGCUGGCCUACUACAACCCUAUGAUUGCUAAGACUCUCUUCUGUGGAAUAUUGGAAUGGGAUGGCCGAUACCUGGUGCUGGUGGACAGCAGCCUCCUUUUACCUGAAGACUACUACACAGAAAGCACAGUUGUUACAAAUGCCUUGCAAGAAAAUAUUUGCUUAGUUCCAAGUUUUUGUUCCUUUCGCUAUGGAUUAUCUCUCCUCCUGCAUGCCUGUAAUGUCUUAAUAACAUCACAAUGCAUGUGUCUGAGCCUCACAAUGGUAGUCAUGGUGAACAGCAUGGAUCCGCGUGGUUUGCCCAACACUUCCACAGAGGAGCUCCUGGAUAACAUAAAGAAUCCCAUGUAUAACUGGAGCCCUGAAAUCCAGGGGAUCAUCUUCAGUUCUAUCUUCUAUGGUUCAGUUAUCAUCCAAAUUCCUGCUGGAUACUUAUCUGGAAUAUAUUCCGUAAAGAAAAUUGUUGGAUCUACAUUAUUGCUUGGCUCUCCUUUUAACCUGUUCAUCCCACUGGCAGCUCAAGUCGGGGGAGAAACUUUGGUCAUUGCAUGCCGAGCAGCCCAGGGAGUAGCCCAGGGAACAGUAGUGACAGCUCAGCAAGUAAUAUGGGUCAAGUGGGCUCCUUCCUUGGAACGAGGCCGACUUACCUCUAUUAGUCUAUCAGGAUUUAUGCUGGGACCCUUCAUUAUCAUCCUUGUGACUGGAUUCAUCUGUAAUUCUCUGGGCUGACCCAUGGUCAUCUAUAUUAUAGGUGCUUGUGGCUGUGCCCUAAGUCUUCUCUGGUUUGUUCUGUUUUAUGAUGACCCAAAGGACCACCCAUGUAUGAGCAUCAGUGAGAAGGCAUACAUCACAUCCUCCCUCGUCCAGCAGGUCAGCUAAAGUAGACACUCUCUGCCCAUCAAGACUAUGCUUAAGUCUCUUCCACUCUAGGCCAUUUGCCUCUGUAGUUUUGCUUUUUUGUGGACAAAUACCAUCAUAAUUUUCUAUACGCCAACGUUUAUCAACUCCAAGCUUCAUGUUGAUAUAAAAGCACAUGGGCUGCUGUCUGCCCUCCCCCAUUUGUUUGCCUGGAUCUUUGGUAUCCUAGCAGGUCAGAUGUCAGACUUCCUCCUGUCUCGGAAUAUUUUCAGCAUAGUUAACAUCCGGAAACUCUUCACCUCCCCAGGACUUCUCCUGCCUGCCCUCUUCUGUGUGUUCGUGCUCUACCUGAGUUCCAGCUUCUAUAGCGCUAUCAUUUUCCUGAUACUUGCUUGUGCAACAGAAAGCUUUUGUGUAGCCGGAAUAUUUAUAAAUAACUUGGAUAUCACUCCGAGAUAUUAUGGAUUUCUUAAUGGAGUUGUGCUUGUAAUUGGAACGGUAGGAGGAAUAAUUUCUUCCGCUCUGACUGGAGUAAUUCUUAAUCAGGAUCCAGAAUCUUCUUGGUUUAAAACCUUCUUCCUGACGGCAGGCGUUAACGUGAUAAGCACAAUUUUCUACCUUAUAUUUGCUAAAGCAGAAAUUCAGGACUGGGCUAAAGAAAAACAACACACAUGCCUCUGAAGUGUAAAACAGAGCACUAGGAGAGCCUGGGACCAAUCUCCUUAUUGAAGGGAAGAGGAACCAGCACAUGAGUUGGAACUGAGGGGCAGUCACCAGCCCAAAGAAGAAGACGGCAUGUGGAUUCCUAGGAGGCCAGUUUCCCUGACAACACACCCUGUGUGCAUCUCUUCUGUAUCGUGUAUUGUUUGUAACGUGUCUGAAUUUUAAAUGCAGGUUUAUUUGUCUUCCACUCUGCAUCAGUUGCUUUAUGAAUGAUGGUUAAAUAAACAAGCACAAUAAGAUAAAAUUUUAUUCUAAGACUUUGUGAAAGAGCUUUUCCACAGUUUUCAACUUUCACUCCUGUGUGUUGUAGAUGUGUGGGCCAGUGGAAAAUCUGAUAUUUCUGUACAGCUAUGUGUCACUUAACGAUGGGGAUACAUUCUGAAAAAUGCAUCAUUAGGCAAUUUCGUCAUAGUGUGAAUAUCAUAGAGUGUACUUACACAAACCUAGAUAGUAUAGCCUUCUACGCACGUAGGAUGUAUGGUAUAUAGCCUAUUGCUCAUUGGCAAACCUGUACAGCAUGUUACUGUACUGAAUACUGUAGGCAAGUGUAACACAAUGGUAAGUAUUUGUGUAUCUAAACACAUCUAAACAUAGAAAAGGUACAGUAAAAUAUGGUAUAAAUGA